GGAGCUACUUCUCUGAUACAGAGCUGAAAACUCUCAACUUCAGACUGAACUCUCAACAGCAGUUUCUAAUUAGGUACGGAAUUGCAAACACUCUGGAGAAGAUGUUGGUGUUAAACUGUUCUACCAAAUUACUGACACUGGAGAAAAUGUUGAAGAGUUGCUUUCCUGAAUCACUCAAGGUUUAUGGAGCAGUGAUGAACAUAAAUCGUGGGAAUCCCUUUCAAAAGGAAGUAGUACUGGAUUCAUGGCCAGACUUCAAAGCUGUCAUCACUCGACGACAAAGAGAGGCUGAAAUAGAUAACCUUGACCAUUAUACUAAUGCCUAUGCUGUGUUCUACAAAGAUGUCAGGGCUUACCAACAGCUAUUGGAGGAACGUGAUGUUAUUAACUGGGACCAAGUUUUUCAAAUACAAGGGCUGCAGAGUGACUUAUAUGAUGUUUCCAAAGUUGUUGCCAACUCAAAGCAGUUGAACAUAAAGCUAACUUCCUUCAAGGCCGUUCAUUUUUCUCCUGUUUCAACUCUUCCAGACACCAGUCUCCUAAAGGGGUCAUCCCCACAACUAACCUACCUGAGUGUUGUUGAUGCCGAUCUACUCAACCAGACGUGGUCUCGGGGCGGCAAUGAACAAUGUCUCCGAUACAUUGCCAACCUCAUCUCCUGCUUCCCUAGUGUGUGUCUUCGUGAUGACAAGGGAAAGCCCGUCUCCUGGGCUAUCACAGACCAGUUUGCUACCAUGUGCCAUGGCUAUACCCUGCCAGAGCAUCGCAGGAAAGGUUACAGCCGGCUGGUGAGCCUCACACUGGCAAGGAAGUUACAGAGCCGGGGAUUCCCCUCUCAGGGAAAUGUCCUGGAUGACAAUACGGUAUCUAUAAGCCUCCUGAAGAGUCUCCAUGCUCAGUUCUUGCCUUGUCGUUUCCAUAGGAUUAUUCUUACCCCUGUGACUUCCUCUGGCCAGCCUCACAUCUAG